UUCCUCUAGUUGAAUUAUGCUUACAUUUAUUGGAAGAAAGAGCUCAGAUCCUUAAAUAAAAGUAGCGGAACCACAGUGUGGGAAAAGUCCUGCGUUCAAAAUGUUACUUAAGUAAUAAUAAUUAAAGUACUGGCCUCAUAGGCCUAAUGCUUGGCCUGCACGAAGAACAGCCUAACCCAGACAAUGGACGCACACGCAUGGGCACCUUUACAGCUGCAGGUCACUGCAACCACAGGGACCACCGCGCCACGCGAACGCGCACGUGUGGUUGCUGGAUGUUACGUGCGCGCGUACAAAACCCGAGUCACAAAAGCAGCAAAUGUUCAGUGAGGUGGGUGCACAACGUCUGCAGGAACAUCAACAGGCGGUCACAGGAGCAGCUCGAGUAAGAGGGAAAACAGAGGAAGCGCGUUUGGCUUCGCUCUGGUGGUUAAUCUUCUUCCUGUGUGGAUGAGGAGAAAGUUCAAUAAUGAUGUUUUAAAAAGUGAGUGUUCACUUCAGGAGGAUCCAAGUAAGGAUUUCCUCACGUUUGAAUUAGGCUGAAAGCGGUUUGGAUGCUGUAAAGAUGACGGUGACAUAACUUUAGGUCUUUGGAUCAAUUCGCCGAGUUUCCAUUUCAGUAAAUUAAUCUCCAUGAAGAGUCUCAAAGCCGGACUGACGCAUUCGGUGGUCGGAAGCUGAAGCUGCACAGGACGUAGGGAACCGUGAACCCCCGCAGCCUGCCGGGAUGGUGCGCCUGCUUAGCUGCCUGCUCCUGGGAUAUCUGACCUGGAAUCUGCGCAUAUCGGACGCACAGGGGGAGUAUUGCCACGGCUGGUUGGACGCUAAUGGGAAUUAUCACGAUGGUUUCCAAUGCCCGGAGGACUUUGACACCAUGGACGCCACCGUGUGCUGCGGCUCCUGCUCGCUGCGCUACUGUUGCGCGGCCACGGACGCACGGCUGGACCAGGGCAGCUGCACGAACGACAGGGAGGUGGACAACACCGAGUUUGCAGCGCAGCCAGUCUACGUGCCCUUCCUGAUGGUAGGGAGCAUCUUCAUUGCCUUUGUCAUUGUUGGGUCUCUGGUUGCCAUCUAUUGCUGCACCUGCUUGCGGCCCAAGCAGCCGGCCCAGCAGCCCAUUCGCCUUUCCCUGCACAGCUGUCAAGGUGAGACAAUCCCUAUGAUCCUCACCGCCGCUCCCCAGAGCCUCCGCACCCCAUCGCGACAGUCCAGCACAGCCACCACCAGCUCCAGCUCGGCCGGAGGCAGCAGCUCCAUGCAGAGGUUUUCUCUCGGGGGUCAGGGACAGCAGCAUGGCUGCCUGGUGUCUGCCACCGUUUCCUCGUCAGCCUCCACCCCUACCCAGGCCCCUCAGACUCUGCCUCCGCCUCCACCUCCGCCCUACACAUCACCACCUACAAGCCUGUCAGGAGGCAUUCAACACUUGCUGCCCUCAUCGCACACCCAGCUGCAGCUCCACCAGCCCUCCGUAUCUUCUCACCCUGCACAGGGUUCCGGGUUCCUCUUGCCUCAGCAGUACUUCUUCACUCUGCAGCCUGACGCCUUGACAGCUGCCAAAGGUUUUGCCGACUUCGGACAGAGCUGACAGGGCUUCGAGCAGAAGACAGAGAAAGAGUACAAGUGUUUUAACUGAUGGGAUGUGACCUAGUGAGGAAAAACAUGCUGCAACACAGCUGAUGGUGUUUGGAUGGAGGUCCAGGCUGGCUGAAAGGACAGACUAAGCAGCAGGAGGACGAGGGACAAAAUAUGACCAAGCUGCCGUGGUUGAGCAAUGUGGAAUGAGGCCUUUCUCCCUCGGCAAUACAGGACAAAUCGGAGCUCAACAGAUCUGUCAGGGGCAACAAGAGUUUGGAAUCUUGUGCACUUUUAUUUUAUAUUGUAAAUACAACUCUGUAGCCUAUAUUUUGUUUUCUCUACAUGCUGGUUUUCAAGGUGGCAGUUUACAAUACAGACUACAAUCCAGGUGACCUAACACAUCUUCCUUAGAAAGAGAAACACUGUACAGGCAGACGGCUUCAACACUGACUCACUCUGAGACUGCUGAGCGUGCUUACAUUUUUAGAGAUAUAGUAGAUGUUGGAAACCAGGGAAAUAUUGUUUUCUGACAAUCACAAAGACCUCUACAAGGACACUGUAAUUUUGGAGCAAACUGAUUUAUACAAGAUGCUGUACAUGUUUCACACCCAGAGUUGUCAUAAUGAUUCCCUAAUUUACUGCAAAUAAAAUGUCUC